GAAGAUUCUGCCAUUCGUCUCUGGAAUCCUCUGCCCAGCAUUGCCAUACCCGUCGGCGAAAUCCUGAGCGCCACAAGCGUGGAGAUCCAUUUCCUUUGACAUCUUGCACAUACACACACCACGAAAUAUAUACAUACGGCCAUCGGUACAUCGGCGUCGAGCUGCGCUGUUGCGCAUGUACACUUGCCUUCUCAGCCAGUCCGGCACCGACACGCCGUGAUCAUUUUGUUCUGAAGCUGGCAGAAACUUGUGAUAAAUACCCUAUGUGGUUCAGCGAGGCGGGCAGGCAGGCAGCUGGUUUUGGGUUCAGUUCCAGUAGCACCCAACUGAAGAAUAAGUAACCGAGCUACUGAGGACUGAUUACGUCAGGUUGCAAAGUUUGCUCUCGUAAGAUUCCACGAGGUUGAUGGAGACGGGCGAGUCUGCGCGGCAGGGUGCCGCCGGUGCUCGCGUCCCGGCAAGCCGAUUCGCCGAGGAGCAGGCCUUCAGGGAGCGGCAUGGCGAUGGCGACCCAAUGAUGGCGUCUCCGGGCCAGGACUCGCCGUUCAACACGUCCGCGCUCUUUGCGGCGGGGCACCCGGUCUCCGUCAGCCUGCCCGCCUCUCCGUCCAGGUUCGACGUCGCCCGGACGGAGGCGGAGUUCCCGCCCAGGCACCCCGCGGCCAUCGUGCCGGACGCGUCGCGCAUGCUGUCGCUCCCGCCGCGGCCGUCGCCGAUGGUGUCCGUCGUGUUCGAGCAUCUCGAGGAGGUGAUGUUCCGCUCGCAGCCGAUCCCUGCGGCGGCCUCCGAGUUGCCCGACGCCCAGGACUCACAGUCCCAGGUGCUGCACGACGGCUCGAUGAGCGGGGCGCGCAUGGGGAGGAGCAAGGCGCUCAGGGACACGAGCUACGACCCGUUCAAGACGUGGUCCGGGAAGCUGGAGAAGCAGCUCACCACCCACCUCCGCGUCGUCAGGCAGCCGCCGCCGCAGGAGGCGGAGCCCGAGGAGGACGACGAAGACGCGGCGACGAGUGGCCGCCCCUACUCCAUGCCCAGAGUCCACCGCUUCUUCGCCGCGCUGGAAGGCCCCGAACUCGACAAGCUCCGGUCGUCGGAGGAGCUGGUCCUGCCGUCGGACAAGAAGUGGCCGUUCCUCCUCCGGUUCCCGGUGUCCGCCUUCGGCAUGUGCCUCGGCAUGAGCAGCCAGGCCAUCCUGUGGAAGAACAUCGCCAUCUCGGCGUCCACGCGCUUCCUGCACAUCACGCUCCGGACAAACCUCGUGCUCUGGUGCGUCUCGGUGGCGCUCAUGUGCUUCGUGUCGGCGCUGUACGCGUGCAAGGUCAUCUUCUACUUCGAGGCGGUGCGGCGGGAGUACUACCACCCGAUCCGCGUCAACUUCUUCUUCGCGCCGUGGAUCGCCUGCCUCUUCCUGGCCAUCGGCGUGCCGGAGAUGGUGGUGGCGAGCCUGCCGCACUGGCUCUGGUACGUGCUCAUGGCCCCCAUCGUGUGCCUGGAGAUCAAGAUAUACGGGCAGUGGAUCUCCGGCGGACAGAGGCGGCUGUCGAGGGUGGCGAACCCGUCGAACCACCUGUCCAUCGUCGGCAACUUCGUGGGCGCGCUGCUGGGGGCCAUCAUGGGGUUGAGGGAGGGCCCCAUCUUCUUCUUCGCCGUCGGGCUCGCGCACUACAUCGUGCUGUUCGUGACGCUGUACCAGAGGCUGCCCACCAGCGAGACGCUGCCAAGGGACCUCCACCCGGUCUUCUUCCUCUUCGUGGCCGCGCCCAGCGUCGCCUGCCUCGCCUGGGCGCGGAUCACCGGCGAGUUCGGGUACGGCUCCCGCAUCGCCUACUUCAUCGCCAUGUUCCUCUACACCUCGCUGGCUGUGCGGAUCAACAUGUUCAGGGGGUUCAGGUUCUCGCUGGCGUGGUGGGCGUACACGUUCCCGAUGACGAGCGCGGCCAUCGCGUCGAUACGCUACUCGUCGGAGGUGAAGAACGCGUUCACGCAGGCCAUGUGCAUCGUGCUGUCCGUGGUGGCCACGCUCACGGUGACCGCGCUCUUGCUGACCACGCUGCUGCACGCCACCGUGCACCACGACCUCUUCCCCAACGACAUCUCCAUCGCCAUCUCGGAGCGCAGGCCCAAGAACAGCCCCAUCGCCGAGCUAAACGAGCUGCACGCCAACAGCAAGGACGCCGACGCCGCAUGCAGAGACCUCGAAGCCGCCUAUAGGCCCUGAUCGACGCCGAGACUGAACUAGCGACGCCUUCUUCAUGCAUGUGGCGAAGCAAACUGGUGGCGACUGGUCGAUCGUGGAAGACUGAGCAGGAGCAUGUACGUAGCCGGGACGUGUCUUGGAGAGUUCUCUGUGGGUCGAGUUGACUGCUGCCGUGCGGGGCGGUGUGCGCCGCGGUCGGAAUCACCACGGUGAUGGGAAUGUGCUAUAUGCUGUAACUUCCGCGUGGUGGUGUGUAGUACUCCCUCCGUAGACUAAUACUCCAUCCGUUCCUAAAAGGUUUCAAAUGAUUACCACAUACAGAUGUAUAUAGACAUAUUUUAGAGUGUAGAUUCACUCAUUUUGUUC